AUGACUAAACUAGAGCUCCAGCAGCUCAUCAGCCUCCACCCCUGGCUGUGGGCGGAGCCAGAGCUGCACCGGGUCUGCAGGGGGGGGCUGGAGAUGGAGCUUCACUCUCAGCUCUCCAUCGAUUCAGACUCCGAUAUGACCGAAAGCUUCGGACUCCGACAGGAAGUCAGCGUUGUGGAUCCUGGGAGGCCACGCCCCCUCAUCGUCUUCCUCAUCGGCGGACCGGGCAGCGGGAAGGGGGGUCAGGCGGCGAGGCUGGGCCCGGCCCUGGGUCUGGACAGCGUCUCGCUGGACGACCUGCUGAGGACGCGGCUGCUCGGGGGGACGUCCCCCAGCAGGAGGUGGGAGCUCGUCUCUCGCCUGAUGAGCCACGGAGAGCUGGGCCCCCAGGAGGACACGGUGUCUGAGCUGAGGGGACGUCUGGCCGCUCAGCAGGGGGUCAGGGGCUUCGUGGUGGAUGGGUUCCCUCGAGACGUCCAUCAGGCUCUGAGCUUCCAGGAGCAGGUGGGCCGCCCGGACCUGGUGCUGCUGCUGCUCUGCUCCGACCAGACGCUGCGCUGCCGCCUGCAGCGCCGCGCCGCCACGCUCGGUCUCCUAGGAGACGGUGGACACGCCCUCCAGAGAUGCCUGGACACCUUUCACAGGGACAUCGUGUCCAUCGUCAGAUACUACAACCAGCUGCACCUCCUCACACAGGUGGACGCUGACCGAGACGAGGACGUCGUCUUUGCUGAUCUGAGUUCAGUGAUCAAAGAAAAACUUUUCGAAGCGAGAAAAGACUGA